AUGGAAACUUUGGAUUUUGUGGUCGUUAGGAGCUGGGCUUUGGAGCUGAAACACCGGUUUCUGAGAGCUGGGUCCACUGUUGAGAGUUUCGAUGUGGGACUCUGGGCGUCAGUUGUGGGGCUGCCACGUGUCGGAGAGGCGAGAUUGCCCAUCGGUAGGUCUGGUACGAGUGCCGAAGGCGAGUGCCGAAGGCGAGUGCCGAAGGCACACGUAGCCCUGCCCAGCGUUCGUUUGUUCAACCCUUGCCGUUAUGCAAGGGUGAAUGUAGCAGAAGCUCUUGACCCCUUUGUUGUUUCGAUGUCAAGUCCAGCUCAUUUGAGUUUCAACAAGAAGGCCUUGAGGUUGGUAGUGAUUUGA